AUGACUGGGCUUGGAGAGAGCCGGGAUUUGGUGGAAGUAGUGCUGGGGUUCUGGAGCGGCACCAGUAAUGUGUUCUGCUUUCCCUGGGAACCAAUGACACCCACCUUGCUGGAUGUGUGUGUGAUUACCGGUCUGCCUACCGUUGCAACCGUAGCCGUUGAUGGGAGUGUAACAGAUGAUGAUGCAGCUGCAGCGGGGGUAGGUCAACCAAGGAGUUAUGGUCCUUUCAUUAGUGAGAACAAAGGGAAGCUAAGUCGCCUACAUCAUAUUUGCUUUCAGGCUCUGUGGUUGAACAUAGGGAUUUUUCCAGUUGAGAGUGGAAAAUCUCUUUGCCUUGAAGUGCAACAGUACAAGAGAACUUUCAAUAGAACGCAGGCGUUCAAAACUAUUUUUGAAUCAAGCCCAGACAUAGGUGUUAUGGUGCAACAACUGAGCCGUGACUGGUGGCUUAAGAGUUUUGGCAAUAUUUGCCAUUCAGAAGCAGAAAAUGGUAGAUGGGAUAACAUUGGUCCGUUUGGCUUGACAUCAGUUUGGAGCCACCUGCUGUCAGUAAGGGAUAUUUUUUAUGGUAGUAAAAGUGUGCAAUCUCGCAAUGUUGGUGCUAAUAUGCAUGCCGAAUAUUACCAUGCUAACAUGGUAGCCCGUCAAUUUGGGUUUGCACAAAGCGUGCCCCAUUUUGAGGUAGCUUGCUGGAACACGGGAAGACUUGGUAGGGAGAAAUUGACCAUGGCGCAGUAUACAGCUCACAAGGAAUUGAUGGCUGUCCGGGGCAGAACCUCUCCAAUAACACCCUUUAAAUUCUGCUUUGAAGCAACACCCGGGUUUACUGAAUGGUGGGGUGAGCUUUCAAAUACGAUGUUUGGCUCUGGGUAUGAGGCAAUCAAGACUUCAUUUCGCAUUGGGAAAUAUGUGAAACCCAAAGCUGCUGCUGGUGAGGCUGAAGCAGAACCAAAAGGGAAAAACAAAGGUGUGGGGAAAGCAAAAGCUGGUGGUCAGAAGACCAAGAAAACUAUUGCUGUUGCAGGAGGAAAAGCUAAACCAACUCCUGCUAAGGGAGCUCCAACCACAACUCGCCGGUCCACAAGACUAAUUGGACAAAAACAUUCUGCAAUUGAAGCUAGCAACAAGGAAAAUCCGGUGACUGUCCAUGGUAGUGACGAGGAAUCGGACAGUCAAGAAAGUGAGAAAAGCUCUAUUGCACUUGGCGAAAGCGUUGCUGCCUGGAAAACUGCGUCCGAAUCUGGUGGAGCUAAGAGUAAGAAAAAGUUAAGAGCGGCCACUUCAUCUACCAGUCUGAGUUAUGUAAAGAAAGAUCCCCCAACUGUUGCAGCUCUGAUGGCUCGGUUGGAACGAACAAAAGCAGCGUCAUUCAUUAAAGUAGACGUUGCCCCCAAUUCGCCUGACAUCCCCUUGGGCAUUGCUUUGCAACAGAUUACUGACAUGUUCCAGCUUCUAGCAGAAGAAGUGUAUAGCAAAAAGUAUGACCAGUUGAAGAAUCUGCUGUCCGCAAUCCAAACCUCUCUUGUUGAUGACAACAUGGCAGCAGCCAUUCGGCUAAUCUUGGGGGAAGCGGCACAGAAGUAG